AGUGUAUCUAGUGCAAGUCAAUAAAGGGCACCAUCACUGCAGUGGAUCUGUCCAUGCAAUGUUCUCACACUGAUUUGUGUGAAGUCAUGUCAUGAACUUACCCCUGGAGUCAACCUUCGUCUUUGACGUGCCUAUCUCCUCCCGAUUCCUCCUCAUCUGUCAACGAGGCCAACUCCGCCGCCAGAAUUGCCAGCUUUCGAAGCGCUUGCCACCAGUCAUUCACAAUGGGGAAAAUCGUAUCCGAUUCCCUCCUCAAGGGAACCAACCAUUCGAAGUACUAGCGAUCGAUUUUAUCACAAGUCUCCCAGUCAGCGACGGGCAUGAUACCGAUACCAUCUUGACUGUCACCCACAAGUCCUCUAAGCUAGUACUCUUAAUCGCUAGGCAAGAAGAACGGGACGGCUCCUGUUGAGCGAACGAGAUCUAU